AUGUCAGGGUACACCUUGCUAUCCUCGACUUCUCCUGGAACCUGGCGAGCGAACACUGGCAAGGCUCUCAGAUACCGGAUCCUCGGUGUUGUCAUUGCUCUCGUCCUCCUCAUAUUCACCCUGCGCCAGUUCCAAUCGAAUUACCCAGGCCGGUACAACCUAAUCGAUAAUCAAGUUGGCGAAGAAGUGGUACCAGAAUCUCCUCAGAAACGAAGGAAUGUUGCUGUGGCAUCGACGUUUGGAUACCAUUUCGACGUGUACAUGGCAGUAGUGUGGACACUGCAGCGUGUGAUGAAAGAGGGAAAGGUGCAGGUAUAUACUCCUGGGCCAUUCUACUUUGAUUUUCAAAGAAUAGUCGACACGUAUAAGCUAUACAACGGGACCUACAAAGACUACAAUACACUAGUCGAUGACGUGACGAGUGUUGGCGGUGAUGGAGGUAUUGACUUGAUAGUCUUGGGGACAUGCGAACUUGAUAUGAGGCACUGGAGUGAAAAGCUGCUGGCGGCAUGGGAUGCUCGUGAUUCAGCGCACAAAUUUCAGAUCGUUUGCAUCGUGCACGAUGUCCGAGACGAAGCAUGGCAGCCAACAAUCCAGGAAUGGUCACGUAGGAAUGCCAUUAGGCUGCUCCCAAUUUCACAACACGUCGGUAACACUUUCUUGAGAAAAUUUGAAGACCUUGCAAGGAGCACUGAUGUUGCUAUCAAAUCCGCUGGUUACGAAUAUAUCCCAGUUGAUGCUCAUAUCCCAAUACUGGACCUCCAAGGUCUUCCAGAGAGGACCUCGACUAAUCGACCUUUUUCAAACGCUGUAAUUCAAGGCUCAUUCUCUACUGAUCGUCGAGAUUACACUCGGAUUUUCGCUGACCUCAAUCAUUCUCUUCAUGUCGAACCUGAAUCAUGGGGAUAUCUACCACUUGGUGAUGGACCAUCGUUCGUCCAAGACACCAGCAUCGAUCAAAUCCCAUUUAAGCUACAUCUCGUUGGAAGCGGGUGGAUUGACGUUCCCAUUGAACUCAAGCAGCUCGUUGUGUUCCACACGAAUCUCAACUAUACCGAGUAUUACCAGCUCAUGAGCGGGAUGGAUGCAUGUAUUCCUGCUUUUCUUGCAGCUGACGAUAAGAACUUCAAAUACCAGGCGAGUUCGAGCAUUGUAAUGUGCCUGGAAACCAAUGUUCCGAUCCUGGCAGUACGUGAGCUGCGGGAAUCGUACAUUUACAUUGAUGACGACAGAGUCACAAUCAAUCGACCUGCUGUGAUGAGCGAGUUCCAAGCCAUCAAGGUGCUUCGGACGGGAGAUGCGUCAGACUUUCUCGAAAGCGACCCGUCAUCGUCAGGUGUCACUCUAGGAUUUCAUUCGCGGAUUCGUCAAGCAGUGCACAGAUUUGUGAAUGAGGGGUGGGUACGUACGAAAGAAGAUUUUGAUUUGCGUAAGAAACUUAUAUUAAAAGAAAACGAGAGAAUCGUCUUGAAGAUUCUACAAGAUCGUGUGUAG